CCAGUUCUUGGAAACAAGACUUCAGGCUUGAACAACAAAAAAGACCUAUUACAGAGCAAUCAGAGACUUCAGGUUCAGGAGAAAAUAUGGCUACAGACAAGUACAAGAUCUUCAAUGACUCUGUCCAUGGCCAUAUCACGAUGCAUCCUCUGCUGGUUCAAAUCAUUGACACACCAGAAUUUCAGCGCCUGAGGAACAUCAAGCAGCUGGGAGGAGGGUAUUUUGUCUUUCCAGGAGCUUCUCACAACCGAUUUGAACACUCCAUUGGCGUGGCUCAUCUGGCAGGGAAACUCGUACAAAGUCUCAGAGCUCAAGGAAAUGAUAUAACUGAGAAAGAUGAACUCUGUGUUCAGAUUGCAGGAUUGUGUCAUGACCUGGGUCACGGCCCUUUUUCUCAUCUAUUUGAGGUUUUCAUGAAGAAGGUAAAACCAGAAUUGAAAUGGAAGCAUGAAAAGGAAUCCGUCAAAAUGUUUGAACAGCUGAUCACCAAGAACAUCGGAAAGAACAAUAAAACAAUUAAGAAAAUCAUGGAAGAUGACCAUAAUUUGGAAAAACAUGACAUUAAGUUUAUCAAAGAGCUCAUCUAUAGCGGAGAAAGGCUUAAUUCAGCUGAAGAUACCAAAGAGACUGAAACUGAAAAACGAGACAAACAAAGACGCAAGGACAAUCCCUACUUAUAUGAGAUUGUGGCCAAUGAACGCACAGGUAUUGAUGUCGACAAAAUGGAUUAUUUCAGCAGAGAUUGCCUCCAUCUGGGAAUGAAAAGCAACUUCUCCCAUGAGCGUUAUGUGAUGUUUGCACGAGUUUCCACCAACGCUGAAGGUGAAAAGCAGAUCUGCAUGAGAGAUAAGGAAGCACUGAACAUGUAUGAACUCUUUCAUGUCCGCUACCUGCUUCACCACAAUGCCUACCAACACAGGGUUACGGUGGCAGUUGAAAUGAUGAUUGUUGAUGCACUUGCUGAAGCUGAAAAGGACUUUGAGGUUGUUGGCAGGAAAAUCUCUGACGACGUAAAUACACCUGAAACAUACCUGAAACUCACAGAUAACAUUCUUCAGGAAAUCAAGGGCUCAUCAGAAAACGCAAAGGAGAUCAUUAAUAGAAUUGAGAAACGUGAUCUUUACAGCUUUGUUGAUAGCAGAAUCUUCAAGCCCAAAGAGCUGAAAGUUUUGAACGAUCCAAAACAGCAAAUGGAAAAUGUGAAGGAAAAGGUGGAGAGCUGGCUGAAGUGCAUCCAGAAACCAAAUCUCUCUGAAACAGACUUCAGAGUCAGACUCAUUAAAAUUGAUUAUGGAAAGGAAGGGGAAAAUCCCAUCGACUCUCUGCGAUUCUACAGAAAAGAUGAGAAAGACAAAGGAGUAAAACUGCUUGACUAUAUGGUCUCUUACAUUAAGCCAGAAGUCUUUCAUGAAAUCAAGGUCAUGCUGUUUUGCACAAAAAAGCUUGUCCCAGGUCUAAGCAUGGAUGACAUCGAAAAGUUCUGGGGAGAAAUGAAGAAUACAAAUGAGCAACCAGACUCCAAAAAGCCAAAAUUGCAAGAAGACAACUGAAUGGGAAAUUUAAAUCCUAAAUUUGGUGUGCUUUCAGGUGAUCAUAGUCUGUGUAGAGCUUCCAUUUUCAACCUUGAUGUUCCCAACCUUAUUCCUUACGUAAACUACAUGGGAAGAUGGUAACAUCUUGUUUAAAUACUAAAAACUAUUUGGGUUCAGGGAAAUGGUUUGUUAGGUUUCAAUGUGUAAAAGUAAAAUAUAUAUAUAUCUUUAUUGUUGCUGUAACAUGGCUUUGAAUUAAGGAUAUGAUUGAUUUCUGUGUAAGCAAAUUGAAAUAAAAUAUACAAUG